AGCUUUCUCGUUGUCUGAACAUGGACGCUACGAAGUGGACACAGGGCUUUCAAGAAAUGAUGAACGUAAAACCAAUGGAGCAAAUCAUGAUUCCUAAUAACAACACACAUCAAUCAACCACCACGUCCAGUGCAAGGCCAAACAACAUUCUCACAUCUAACGGUGUCUCAACCGCAGGAGCCACCGUCUCUGCCGUAAGCAGCAGCAACAACAACAAUACGGCAGAGAGGAAAGCAAGACCACAAGAGAAACAAAACUGUCCAAGAUGUAACUCAACCAACACAAAGUUUUGUUACUACAACAACUAUAGUUUAACACAACCAAGAUACUUCUGCAAAGGUUGUCGAAGGUAUUGGACCGAAGGUGGAUCUCUUAGAAAUGUUCCUGUCGGAGGAAGCUCAAGAAAGAACAAGAGAUCAUAUUCUUCUUCUCCUUCAUCAAACAUUCUUCAGACAACACCAUCUUCUCUUGGAUUGACUACAACACUUCCAGAUCUAAACCCCCCAAUUCUCUUCUCAAACCAAAUCCAUAAUCAAUCAAAAGGGUCAUCAUCACAAAAUCUCAACGUGUUCUCUUUCCCGGUCAUGCAAGAUCAACAUCAGCAUCAUCAUGUUCACAUGUCUCAGUUUCUUCAGAUGCCUAAGAUGGAAGGAAAUGGCAACAUAACUCAUCAGCAGCCUUCAUCAUCAUCCUCUCUCUAUGGUUCGUCUCCUGCUUCAGCUCUUGAGCUUUUAAGAAGAGGAGUUAGUGUUUCCUCAAACUCAGUUAUGCCUUCUGGUUCAAUGAUGGAUUCAUCAAACAAUGUGAUGUACACUUCUUCAGGGUUUCCAACAAUGGUGGAUUACAAGCCAAGUAAUCUCUCUUUCUCUACUGAUCAUCAAGGGACUGGACACAACAACAACCACAAUAGGUCUGAUGAUGCUCAUCAUCAAGGUAGGGUUUUGUUUCCAUUUGGGGAUCAAAUGAAGGAGCUUUCACCAAGCAUAACACAAGAAGUUAAUCAUGAAGAUAAUCAACAACAGAAGAGUCACGCUAAUAAUAAUAAUUCUUCAAACCCUAAUAAUGGAUACUGGAGUGGGAUGUUCAGUACUACAGGAGGAGGAUCUUCAUGGUGAAGCAAAAUGAUCAAAAGAAAUUAUGAAAUUAGAUUUCUUUUUCUCUUUCGUGAUCUUUUGCCUUACAUACUCACAUGGGGAACUUUAACUAAAGUUGUCAGGACUAAGCUAACAUAACAGUCUUUUAUUCUCUUUACUUUUUAGAUUUUUAUCUUGUUUAAAUCAAUAUAUAUAUAUUUUAAAAUGAUCUACAGUUUUGAUGGUAAUUUGGGUUGGUUUGGUCACUUAGGUUUUUUUAUAAGUAGCAGAUAUGUAUAACAGAGUUGU